AGCAACGGGGCUUCAUCAUUGAAGCUCCAUCAUAAUUGACUUUCACUUUCAUAACAACCUUCAACCAAUUUUCUAUACCGCGCAACACAUUCCCGUUCUCAUCAUAGUCAAAUAACAUACCUUCCAAACGAAGAAUUCGAUCUUCCUUCUCUCUUCUUCCUCGCCGCCACCCGAUUUUUUUAUCCGAACUCACAUAAUCAACACACAAUAUGGCGUCCGAUUCAGAACGAGAGCACGCGCUCCAAGCCCUACGAGCUAAGCUCAUCGAGUCGCGAGAGUGGGAAUCUAAACUGAAGGCGCUGCGCUUAGAUAUCAAGGGUUUGGAGAAGGAGUUCAACCAGACAGAAGAGAACAUCAAGGCUCUGCAAAGUGUCGGCCAGAUCAUCGGUGAAGUCUUGAAGCAACUCGAUGAGGAAAGAUUUAUCGUCAAAGCCUCCUCAGGACCGCGAUAUGUCGUCGGCUGCAGAUCAAAAGUCGACAAAAUAAAGUUGAAGCAAGGAACCCGUGUAGCGCUAGAUAUGACGACACUUACCAUCAUGCGAAUGCUACCCCGAGAAGUCGAUCCCCUCGUCUACAACAUGUCGCUAGAGGACCCCGGCCAAGUCAGCUUCGCGGGUAUCGGUGGAUUGAACGAUCAGAUCCGUGAGCUACGUGAAGUCAUCGAGUUGCCUCUAAAGAACCCAGAACUGUUCUUACGAGUGGGUAUCAAGCCGCCCAAGGGAGUGUUGCUCUACGGACCCCCCGGUACGGGAAAGACACUGUUGGCAAGAGCUGUGGCUAGUAGUUUGGAGACAAAUUUCCUGAAGGUCGUCUCUUCAGCUAUCGUGGACAAAUAUAUUGGCGAGUCUGCAAGGCUAAUACGAGAGAUGUUCGGAUACGCCAAGGAGCACGAGCCUUGUAUCAUCUUCAUGGACGAGAUCGACGCCAUCGGUGGAAGACGGUUUUCGGAGGGUACCAGUGCGGACCGAGAGAUCCAGCGAACGUUGAUGGAGCUACUCAACCAGCUCGACGGUUUCGAUUACCUAGGCAAGACCAAGAUCAUCAUGGCGACGAACCGACCUGAUACCCUCGACCCCGCCCUGCUGCGUGCCGGUCGUCUCGACCGAAAGAUCGAGAUCCCAUUGCCCAACGAGGUCGGCCGUCUGGAGAUUCUCAAGAUCCAUGCUCAGAGUGUGGUCACUGAGGGUGAUAUCGACUUCGAGAGUGUUGUCAAGAUGAGUGAUGGUUUGAACGGUGCCGAUUUGCGAAACGUGGUUACAGAAGCUGGUCUAUUCGCAAUCAAGGCAUACCGAGACGCCGUCAACCAAGACGAUUUCAACAAGGCGGUGCGAAAGUUGGCAGAGGCGAAGAAGCUGGAAGGCAAGCUAGAAUACCAGAAGCUAUAAGGUACGGCAGAUGUAGCGGCGAGAUAAGAAAUAACAAGGUCAUGGAAUUGGUCACCAUACUUCAUCUAUACGGAGUGAACUUCCUACCUCGACCAACGAAAUCCUCACCGAGAGCAGUGUCACUGGGAUAUCUUUCGGGACUACGCUCUUGCUGUGUAAAAAUAUCUUGUAGAAGGCGGGCGAGGUUACUUUAGCUCUUUUCGCUUAGCCCGUUAGCCUCGCUAUUAAUAUGAUGAAGGAUGGAUAGAUUCUAUGGCGGGUUGUCACUGUGUUCUUGCUUGUGUUCUCGUGGGGUCUUGUUUGCUCGCGAAGUCCUCAUUCUAGAGGCCGACUCCCUUCGAAAUGAAGGGAAAUAAUCAAGUUGAGUGGUUCGUCGGUUUGUCAGUUGCUAUCCUGAGCAUCGUUCAUUCACACGCCCAGCUACCUAAGUACCUUAAGUCUAGCAUAACCAUUAACGACUACGACGUCCAUACACAUUUAGUCCUAGAGUGAGUCGAAG